GGGUGGUAAAUAUCUACAUUUUCUGUCUAUUUCUGUUUGCGGGAAAAUAAUUCAGUUUUAUUUCUUAAAACCAGCCUACAACUUUUGAAGUAAAAUAUCCAAUAUAAUUCAGUUCAGCUCUGAUGCACAGAAUCUAUUCUUGAUGACUUCAUGAGCUACAUCCAGUUUUCCUCUCGAUAAAGUAGAUCACAUUAAGCACUGCCAUGGCGGAUGGGGUGGACCUGAGCCGAAAGUUUGUUUCAGAGUCGGAGUUGGAGGAGAAGAGGAAAAAGCGACAGGAGGAAUGGGAGAAAGUUCGCAAGCCAGAGGAUCCUGAAGUCGUCCCUGAGGAGGAGUAUGACCCUCGAUCCCUUUUCGAGAAGCUCCAAGAGCAGAAGGACAAGAAGCAAGAGGAAUAUGAGGAACAAUUCAAAUUCAAGAACAUGGUAAAAGGCUUGGAUGAGGACGAGGCCCACUUUCUGGACGAAGUGUCACGGCAGCAGUGCCUCGUCGAGAAGCAGAGGCGAGACGAGGAGAAAAAGGAGCUUCUGGAAUAUAGGAGUGCUUUGAAGAAACUGGCAUCCAGUGAGAGUCAAAAGAAGGAGCAGGAGAAAAAGGCUGCACCCAAACCACCAGAGCAAAAGACUAGCCACCUGUCUCAGGCACACCUGCUGGCUGGUGCGGUCAAGCGCCGCAGUUCCUCUCAGUCAUCAGAUAGCAGUAAGAAGCCGAGGGUGGAGGAGACGACGACAGCAGCAGCAGCAGAAACAACCGGCAAUGGCAGUCAGACAGAACAGGAAACAGGGGAGCAGAAACCGGUGCUUGAGCCAGGAGUUACACGAGGGGGCAUGCUCCACCGUCCUUCUGCAGCCAUGUGUGUGGGCAUCCUGCCAGGGCUCGGGGCCUACUCGGGCAGCAGCGACUCGGAGUCGAGCAGUGACAGCGAAGGUAGCGUGGAAGGAACCACACCUCCCAUAAAGUGCAACAGACUCUUCAGAUAGACACCCUGAUGAGCCAAACGGUCAUCCACAUUUAUUUCUCCCUUAUUACCUAUUAGUUCCUCCCCUGUUUUUGUCUUUUUAGCUGGGGGGGAAUCACACUUUCUUGAUUUCUUAACUCACUAUAAGCUCAGUAAUUUGCAGUGUCUCAGAUCUAAAAUCCGCCCCUCUAAAUGGGCAAAUUUAGCUUUCCAUGAGGUUUUUUUUCUCUCUUUAUCAAUUACCUUAAUACUAAUUAAAAGCUGCUUUGAGUAA